CAGGUAAGUUUCAUAUAUGGACUGCCUUUUCUUUCUCUCUAUCAUUGUUAUCAGCUAUGAAUCAUUUAACAACCUGAAAUUACAGUAAUUGAAGAUGGAUCAAAUCGGAGCAUGGGACAACGGCAGUUAUUUUGUUUGGGUUGUGCGCUUUUAAAAAGAAGUAGGAUAUUGGUGCUUGAUGAAGCUACUGCAUCAAUAGAUAAUGCAACAGAUGCAAUACUACAGAAAACCAUUAGGACUGAAUUUGCAGAUUACACUAUUAUUACGGUGGCACACAGAAUACCAACUGUAAUGGACUGCACAAAGGUGCUCGCCAUGAGUGAUGGUAAAGGAGUGGAGUAUGAUGAACCAACGACGUUGAUGAAUAGAGAAGGAUCUUUGUUUGGCCGGCUUGUUAGGGAAUACUGGUCCCAUUUCUACUCAGUUAGUCAACAUUAGCUA